UCUCUCUCUCUCUGACUCUCCUUCACUCUCACUCUGAUUCUUCUCUCUCGCUCUAGCUCUAGCUAUCUCGCACUGUGGCUCUUUCUCACUAGUUCGCCUAUCUCUCUCCAAGAAUCCCUUUCUCCAUUCAAUAGCAGAUUAGCCACCACUCUCAAGACAGGUUCAUAUAUAUCAUUAAAUUCAAUAGCUAGCUAUGGUUAGGGAAUUGGUUAUGAUAUAAGAAGGAAUAUUGGUGGAGUCUCGAUACGUUAUUGAAGAUUGUAGAACAGUGCACAAAUGAAUUUCAUGGAUGAGGACGCUUCUUCGGGCUCUGGAGAUGAUGCAAACAUGCUAGAUGGAAACAAGCAUCAUUCUGGGGUACCAUCAAGUUCCGGUCGUCGGAAGAGAAGUCGCAAGGCUACUGGCGAUGCUAUAGUGGAUGCUAUGCUUGAAAUAGCUGCAGCUUCAAAAAUGAGGGCAGCGGCAAUCAUGAAGAGCGAGGAAGGGUUUUCCAUAAGCAAAUGCAUAAAGAUACAACAGCUGGCAUGGAUGAUUUUGACUUAGAAUUGGAUGAGAUGGAACUAACUGCGGCAGCGGCUGGCUACUACUAUUAUAACAGUAUUACCAAGCAAACUUGUCGUAGUCUGUCACCUAGUAAAGAAAGUGGAUUUAUGACCGAAGUUCUCAAUGGUCAUGAUGAUGUGUUCCAGGAAAUGUUUCGGAUGGAUAAAAAUGUUUUUCACAAGUUAUGUGACAUUCUUCGGCAGAGAGGCAUGUUACGUGAUACUGCUGGUGUUAUGAUAGAGGAGCAGCUGGGAAUUUUUUUGAAUAUUAUUGGCCAUAAUGAACGUAACAGAGUAAUCCAAGAGCGGUUUCAUCAUUCAGGUGAAACCAUCAGCCGUCAUUUCAAUAAUGUGUUGAAGGCAGUCAAGUCACUCUCUCGUGAAUUCUUACAAACACCAACCCCCACCACCCCUCCAAACAUCCUUGGGAAUAUUAGAUUUUAUCCAUAUUUCCAGGAUUGUGUAGGAGUCAUUGGUGGAAUGCACAUUCCAGCCCAUGUCCCAGCCAAAGAUCAAUCCCGUUUUCGAAACAAGAAAGGUGUUCUUUCACAAAAUGUGUUGGCAGCUUGCACGUUUGACCUCCAGUUUAUAUUCAUUUAUCCUGGUUGGGAAGGAUCAGCAGCAGGUUCACGUGUAUUGAAGGCAGUCCUUGAUGAUCCACAUCAGAAUUUUCCUUGUAUUCCUGAAGGGAAAUAUUACCUUGUUGACUCAGGAUAUGCAAAUAUGAAAGGAUUUAUUGCUCCAUUUCAAGGGGUAAGGUAUCAUGUUCAUGGUUAUAGAGGUGCUAAUCAGUUACCUAGAAAUGCAAGGGAGCUAUUUAAUCACAGGCACUCAUCUCUUAGCAAUGUCAUCCAGAGGUCUUUUUCUUUGUUGAAGACUAGGUUUCCUAUUCUCAAACUUGCUCCUCAGUAUGCUGUUCAUAUUCAAAGAGAUAUAGUUAUAGCUGCAUGUGUUCUACACAAUUACAUCCGGCGUAUGUCAGAAAAGGAUUGGCUGUUUUUCGAUACAGAAAAGAUAACAAUGGAUGAAUUGCCUGAUCUUGAUGAAAAUCCUGACAUGGAAUUGGUUGCUUCGUUACAAGAACAUGUUGCUUUUUCAUUGAGAGAGUCAAUUGCAGCAGAAAUGUGGAAUGACUUUAUAAAUAGAUGGGAUCAGUGGUAACUGUUAGCAAUGUCUUUCAUGAUUAUGAUUAUGAUUGUUAUUACUAUUGUUAUUAUCAAUAUUAUUACUGUUGUUCUUCUUCUUAUCAA